UUUUUUCUCGGAAGAAACAGAAGACAAAGGAGUGGAAGAAGAUAGGGUGAGCUACAUGCUUUUGCUUUGGGACGCGGAAAAGAAAAGAAAAGAAAAAAACAGAAGACACUCUCUUCUUCUAUAAAUUCCCCCCUGCUCUUACUGCUCACAUCUAUUGUAAUGGAUACCGCAGGGAAUUUGAAGACAUCAAGCAUCGAAUUAGACCUGGAUCGUCCCAAUAUAGAGGACUACCUUCCUUCUGGAUCCUCCAUUCAGGAGCCUCGGGGCAAGCUUCGUCUGCGUGACUUGCUUGAUAUUUCACCUACUCUUACGGAGGCAGCUGGUGCCAUUGUUGAUGAUUCAUUCACACGAUGUUUCAAGUCGAAUCCUCCAGAACCAUGGAACUGGAAUGUGUAUUUGUUUCCCCUUUGGUGCUGCGGUGUGGUGAUUCGGUAUGGGAUCUUGUUCCCUGUCAGGGUUCUGGUACUGACAAUUGGGUGGAUUAUUUUUCUUUCAUCCUACAUUCCAGUGCAUUUUCUGCUGAAAGGGCACGACAAACUGAGAAAAAAAAUAGAGAGGUCUUUGGUGGAGUUAAUUUGCAUGUUCUUUGUUGCAUCAUGGACUGGAGUUGUCAAGUACCAUGGACCACGACCUAGCAUACGGCCUAAACAGGUUUUUGUGAGCAAUCAUACUUCCAUGAUCGAUUUCGUUAUCCUGGAACAGAUGACUGCAUUUGCUGUGAUUAUGCAGAAACACCCCGGUUGGGUUGGGCUGUUGCAAAGCACAAUAUUAGAGAGUGUAGGAUGUAUCUGGUUCAAUCGUGCAGAGGCAAAGGAUCGUGAGAUUGUAGCAAAGAAGUUACGGGAUCAUGUUCAGGAAGCUGACAAUAACCCUCUUCUCAUAUUUCCAGAAGGAACUUGUGUAAAUAACCAUUAUACUGUGAUGUUUAAGAAGGGUGCAUUUGAACUAGACUCUACUGUUUGUCCAAUCGCAAUCAAGUACAACAAAAUUUUCGUAGAUGCCUUUUGGAACAGCCGAAAGCAGUCUUUCACAAAGCAUCUGUUGCAGCUGAUGACAUCUUGGGCUGUUGUUUGUGAUGUGUGGUAUUUGGAGCCCCAAAAUCUGAGACCUGGAGAGACCCCCAUUGAGUUUGCAGAGAGGGUCAGAGACAUUAUAUCUGUCCGAGCAGGUCUCAAAAAAGUUCCUUGGGAUGGAUAUCUAAAGUAUUCUCGCCCUAGCCCAAAACAUAGAGAGCGCAAUUUUGCCCGGCAACAUAAUUUCUGACUACGUACAAGAGAAAGGACGAUGCUUACCGGCCUAUGACUAUGUUUUUCUCGGUGUCUCUUGGCAUUUAUACGAGCAUCGUUUACCAAAAGUGUUCUGUAUCUACUUGAUUCUGUUGGUUGUGUAUCUCUGAGAAUGGUUGAUGACAUGCAGCUCCUGUUGGCACAUAUCUUAUUUGUGUACUGUAUAAAUCUCUGAUCUCAUUCCCCCUUUGCA